AUGAGGAAGGCAGAUGGGGCAGGAGUAGCCAACUUCAUCAGAGAAAACAUAAUCUGCAGGUUUGGCAUACCCAAAGUGAUGUUGUCGGAUAACGGAGCUCCAUUUGUAAAUCGCCAUGUUGGAAGGUUGUUGGAUACCUACUGGAUCAAGCACCACAAGUCUAGUCCAUACUACUCCCAAGGGAAUGGACAAGCUGAGGCAACCAACAAAACCCUUAUCCGAAUAUUGAGUAAAAUGAUGGAUGAAGCAGAGGGCACAUGGUUUGAACAACUCCCCCUAGCAAUCUGGGCUUAUAGAACGUCAAAGAGAAAGCCGACUCAGGCAACCCUAUUUUCCCUAGUGUAUGGGUCCGAAGUUGUGUUACCAGUUGAGUUGGCAGUACCCUCAGCAAGAAUGGCUAUGUCAGCACACUUAGUUCCAGACAGCAGGAAGAAUGACAUGGAGGCAGCUGAAGAAAGAAGAGAUUGGGCCUCGCGGGUAAUGAAAAAAUAUCAUCAAUCCAUAGCUCGUGCCUAUAAUCAAUCUAUUCAACACAGAAAAUUCAAGGAAGGGGACUUAGUAUGGAAAACAGUGGAUCCAAUCAUGCGGGGCAGCCAAUUCCCAAGUUCUCACCUAGAUGGGAAGGACCCUACAAAGUUGCUAAGGAAAGCAGCAGUGGGUACUACAAGUUGA